UGGGACGUGAGCGCUCCCCAAUAUCAGGGGUGGGCAGCCGGAAAAGCCUUCAUUACCAGGUGACAUUGCUCCGCUUCACCAGGGAGUGAACGGAGACCUCGGACCGCACCGACCGCUGCCUGCUCCGCACCCCGGCCCCGAACACUAUCCAGCGCCCAUGAUGGAGGCCAUCGUCCGCCGCUGCCCUUUCCUCGCCAGGGUCUCGCAGACCUUCUUGCAGAAAGCUGGGAAGUCUCUGAUCUCUUACGCCCAGAACUGCCCUGUGAUGAUGGCGCCCAGAGCCCUGUCCAGCGCCCAGCUGAGCACCUCCGCCGCGCGCCACCAGGAGACCAAGGAGACGUCCAGCAGCAACCAGAAUCCUGCCCCUCCAGCAGGGCUCGUCCCCUCCCCCGUGUCUCAGGCGCCGGCCGACCACGUUGGAGCCGCCGGCAGCAGCCAGAGCGCCUCUAAAUGCCCCUUCCUGGCUGCACAGCUGAGUCAGGAGAACAGCGGCGUCUUCCGCAAGGCCAGCCUCGUCUUACAGGAGGACGUGCACGAGACCCUGAGGACAGAUGUGACUUCGUCGCCUGCAGUGGAGCCGACCGCGUCUAAGCUGAAGCCGCAGAGGAGGAUGGGAGUCCUGGAGCAAUUCCAGAAGCCGGAGCUGGUGUCUCAUCUCCUUCAGGAUAACAUGCCAAAGUCCGUGCGCACUUUCCAAUACGACAGCUUCUUUGAAAAGAAAAUCGAGGACAAGAAGAACGACCACACCUACCGCGUCUUCAAAACCGUCAACCGCCGCGCUCAGGUGUUUCCCAUGGCCGACGACUAUUCGGACUCUCUGAUCAGUAAGAAGACGGUCUCGGUCUGGUGCAGCAACGACUACCUGGGGAUGAGCCGCCACCCCAAAGUGGUGGGAGCCGUCAUGGAGACCCUGAAACAACAUGGGGCCGGUGCGGGCGGCACCCGGAACAUCUCGGGGACCAGUAAAUUCCAUGUGGAACUGGAGGAUGAAUUGGCCGACCUGCACGGUAAAGACGCCGCUCUGCUGUUCUCCUCCUGUUUUGUGGCGAAUGACUCCACGCUCUUUACGCUGGCGAAAAUGUUGCCCGGCUGUGAGAUCUACUCUGACGCUGGGAACCACGCCUCUAUGAUCCAGGGGAUCCGGAACAGCCGUGUGCCGAAAUACGUCUUCCGGCACAACGACGCCGCUCAUCUCCGGGAGCUGCUGAAGAACUCCGACCCCUCCAUCCCGAAGAUCGUGGCUUUUGAAACCGUCCACUCCAUGGAUGGCGCGGUCUGCCCCCUGGAGGAGUUGUGUGACAUAGCGCACGAAUACGGAGCCAUCACAUUUGUGGAUGAAGUUCACGCAGUGGGGCUAUACGGUGCCCGGGGGGGCGGUAUAGGGGAUCGUGAUGGCGUCAUGAACAAGAUGGAUAUCAUCUCUGGCACUCUGGGUAAAGCGUUCGGCUGCGUCGGUGGUUACAUCGCCAGCACCAGUCAUCUGAUCGACACGGUCCGCUCCUACGCCGCCGGCUUCAUAUUCACCACGUCUCUGCCGCCGAUGCUGCUGGGAGGAGCCCUGGCGUCGGUCCAGGUGCUGAAGAGUGAAGAGGGGCAGGCUCUGCGGCGUCAGCACCAGCGCAACGUCAAGCUCCUGCGGCAGAUGCUGAUGGAUGCCGGCCUCCCCGUGGUGCACUGCCCCAGCCACAUCAUCCCCAUCAGGGUUGGAGAUGCCGCCAAAAACACGGAGAUCUGUGAUCAGAUGAUGAGCAAAUACAACAUCUACGUUCAAGCGAUUAAUUACCCCACAGUCCCGCGCAGAGAGGAAAUGCUGAGGAUCGCGCCCACCCCGCACCACACCCCCCAGAUGAUGAGCUACUUCCUGGGUACAGAAGCUGCUGAUCACUUGGAAGGAGGUGGGCCUGGAGCUGAAGCCGCACUCCAGCGCUGAAUGCAACUUCUGCCGGCAGCCGCUGCACUUCGAGGUGAUGAGUGAACGCGAGAAAUCCUACUUCUCCGGCCUCAGUAAAGUCGUAUCAGCCAGUGCCUAACACGGGCCCCGGGCCUGAGUCUAUAGUCACACUACAUAGUAUAUCCAGAGGUCACUGUUCACACUAUGAAUGUCACAUCUGUUAUUAAAGUCUAUAUUUCAUAUGGUCA